UGCUUUUCAAGACAAUAUGGCAUACGGAACAACGAAUCCAGCACGAUUUGCGGCGCAAGAUCCGCCUGCUCCCGACACAGACCAAGAAAGAGAAAACGAUGCAGCGCAAGCUAGAAGCAGAAUACCAAAAAGCUUGAGAGACUUCUACGAAAGGAAUUUCGGAUUGUUUUUGGUGUUCCUCGCGCAAACAUGCGGUUCUGUGAUGAACACAGCAGCAAAACUACUGGCUACUGGAUACGAGACCAAAUUCCACGCUCUACACAUCAUCUUCAUCCGCAUGUCGUGUACCACGGUUCUGGGGACUCUCUAUAUGUGUUACCACCGCGUUCCUAACUUCCCGUUCGGCCAAAAAGGCAUCAGAGGGUUGUUGGUACUGCGUGGAUUGGCUGGAUUUUUUGGCAUUUUCGGCCUCUAUUACUCGCUAUCGUGGCUGCUUUUCUCCGAUGCAACAGUCAUCACGUUCAUCAUUCCAACGAUGACGGCAUUAGUAUGCUUCGUCUGGCUAAGAGAGCCAUUCACGUCGAGAGAAGCUCUAGCUGGUCUGCUCGCAUUCACCGGCGUGCUCUUCGUCGCUCGUCCGCCCUGGCUUUUCCCUGCUCAACACAAGGAUCUCGUGCAAGACGUGUUAAGCACUGACAUGUUGAUGUCUGUUAUUUCCAACGUUGCGAAAGACACCUUACCCACAGUCCCUGUGUCCUCAAGUCAACGCAGCCUUGCCAUCAUCCUCGCAGUUCUAGGCACUUUUGGCGCAUCAACGGCAUACGCCACCAUCCGGGUCAUUGGAACACGUGCGCACUCGCUCAUAAGCGUCAACUACUUUGCGUGUAUUGCAACGAUAGGGUCCGCAUGUAUCAUCCUCGUGCACCCGGACUUGCACUUCAUGAUGCCGGAAAAUCUUUCCCAGUGGGGUUUGAUUGCCAUCAUUGGAUUUUCGGGCUUCUUACUCCAAUUCCUACUUACUGAGGGGUUGCAGAGAGAAAAGGCCGGUAGGGCAACGAAUUUGACUUAUUUGCAACUGGUUUUCGCUCUCAUCAUUGAACGCGUCAUCUGGGGUACUACUCCUCCUGUGGAAAGCCUGUUCGGUGCUGUGUUGAUCAUCGGUGCUGCUAUCUGGAUAAGUUUACAGAAGAAAUCGGUAACUGCCGAACAGAAGAAGGCGAAAGUGGUGGAUGAAGAAAGCAGUUUGUUGGGAGAGGGUGAGAGAGAGGCAGCCGAGAGUCUCGUAGCUCGACAGUAGCUUGAGUAAGACAUCAUCACAGUAGACAAACACUCAAAUUGAUGGACGAAUUAAUACAUUGCGGACUAAUUUACAUCUGAUGCUACAAAACCCUGGUCCCUGAUUAUACGGACCCAGCAAUACUAGUCACACCAGACCUAAUAAUACACAAGAACUACUUUUCCUGCAAACACAUCGUGCGCUCCGGAUGUACAACCGCUAAUAGAGAUGCUUAAGCGGCGGUAGUAGUGGCAGCCGUGGGGUUCACAUCCGAGCAGAUGAGAGCCUGGCCGAGGAUGGGCAGAAGGCAGCACUUGGCCUGUUGGCCUUGGGCGGCACAGGUGU